AGAGCACUGACUGAACUCUAUGAAUGAGCCAGGCCAGGGUUGGCCUGUGGGUGUAUACUAUACACACGUCAAAGUAGCUGUGCAUUUAUUGCUUCAUGCUCUGUGUUUUUUUAAAGUAGAACUGACUAGAACCAGCUAUGCUGUCAGUACAUGUAUUCUCUACCAAGAAUUGUUUUCUUGGUAGAGACUGGCCUCCUCUAAAGCAGCUGGAGCUGGUGUGAUUCUGGAGUUAUAGGAUUUGGGUUCUCUCAGUAAGUCUGUGGCCCUUAGCUGUCAAGCAGAGGGCAGUUGUAGGUUGGUCCAGGGCAGCUGAGAAGAGGUGAGCUGUUUCUUUUAUAAAAGAGUCAAAAUCCAGAGCAAGCCCAUCCCUGACCACCACCAUGCUAUAAAGCAUUUAUUUUCAUUCACCCACUUAGCAAAUAAUUUAGUUUCUGUGACCCUAUAGGGAAAAAAAAAAGUAAUUUGGGGACAAGAAUAUUUGCUGUCCCCAAAAGCCAGCCCGGCAGUCCCAAGCUUUACCUCAGGUCUUGUGGAUCUAAAACCUCUCUUAAUUGUAUGGUGGAGGCUCUUACCCCAUAUGGAGUCCCGCACGCUUCCCCCAGUACUUUUAACAUCUGGUGUUCGGUUUAUUUGCUCAUUGCAUGUGGGACAAAAUCAUGGCCCCACUGAGAUGUCAGACACAAUUACCCUAAGCAGGAACCAAAGGCUCAUCUCCCACUGUGGGAGAGCUCAUCUCCCACCAUAAAUUCCUGUCACUAGUGUUUGCUCCCAGAGCUCACAGGUGAGCAGGAAUUUCCAGGUGCCCAGUGUAAUGGGUAUUCACGCGAUCAAGUUGACAGGCCUAGCUCUUGACACCAAGGGCAUAUAUGUGGGCAUCUUUGUUUCUAGCAGUCACUUGAUUAUUCAACAAUAUAUUAGGCAUUACUGCCCCUGGGUGGGUACUGGGGCAGAGAGCGAUGAAUCAGACAUGGUCCUGCCAUUGAGGACUCUCCAACUCAGUAUAAGAAUAAGCCAGCUAAAGUACAAAUAACACAAUGAUACCUUCCAUACGAGAAGGUCAGAAAAGGAGCUCAGAGGUGAGACUAACAGAGGUAUUCAAAUUUGAUACUUAAGGGGUUGGUGGGAUUUACCUAACCAUACCUGAAAUAUUAGUGCACUUGCCUUCUGAGGAACAAAAGGCUUUUUCUCUUGAUCAGAUUCUACUUAGAGCUUCAGUUUGUGUGAGCAGACUAUUAGGUACUAGUCUGUUCUAAAUAUGUAAUUCUCAGAAUUUGCUGGGGACGGGCAUGUGCCUCUCUGGGUUCUAAGAGCAGCUCAAAGAAUGGAGAAAAUAGACCCAAUUUGGGGAUGACUUAUUGUCAGUUCCCGGAACCUCUGCCUUUAUUUAAAACAGCCUGUUCAAUGCGAGUUCUCUCUGUCUAAAAGGCCUCUGGAAAUAAAUGCCUUUUAGGUUUAAAUGCUUUUUGCCAAAAUUGUUAGGAAGGAAAGAUCAUAGUAACAAGUCUUAGAACAGAGGCAGUGUUGUUUUGUUCUUUUUAAUGAAAUGCCCCAGACCUACCUCAAGUUCUGUCGGUUUCUGUCAGCUCUCUGCUGGGCUAUUAUUUUGAUAAGGGACUUGAAAGUACAUCCUUCCUUCACCGUCAUUAAAGUCUUAGCACUUGGGUCAGUUGUGGAAACACUUCUGUGCUACACUGAGAUUCCUCAAAUCAAAAUAGUCCCCACCCUGGCUCCAGGCAGAGGACCUCAUCAGUUCAUGGAAGGUGGCAUCGGGCUCUGACAGGAGCCGGAGGUCAGGAGCCACAAAACAGGCUGGAUGAAGUCACCCACCCCAUUCGGGGAGGUGGAGAGAGGCGAGCCCUGCCUGCCAGUCUGGCAACUCCAGCCAAGUCCUCAGAGCUCAUCCCACACACCCCGUGCUAGUCACUGCUGUGUGUUUACAUGAGUAAUGGAGCUGCUGGGGGAGGGGAGUUGUAAGCAGAGCGCUGAGCCUCGCAGCUCACAUUCGGAGGGAAGCUGACAUCCACACCAAGUCGAGUGGAGACUCCCAGGGACGUGGGGCCGGGGAGCAGUCACAUGCUGUAGCUUUCAUGAGCACAGACAUCAUCAAGCAGAUGUUUGCCGACUGGAAUGGCGCCAAAUCUUAAAGGCAGACCACGCAAAAAGAAGCCAUGCCCACAGAGAAGAGACUCUUUCAGUGGUGGUAAAGAUCCCAACAACAAUUCUGAUGGCAAAUCCGUUGCCAAGGUGAAAUGUGAGGCUAGGUCAGCCUUGAACAAACCGAAGAAUAACCAUAAUAAUUGUAAAAAAGUCUCCAAUGAAGAAAAACCAAAGGUUGCCAUUGGUGAAGAGUGUAGGGCCGACGAGCAGGCCUUCCUGGUGGCACUUUAUAAAUACAUGAAAGAAAGAAAGACGCCAAUAGAACGAAUACCCUAUUUAGGUUUUAAACAGAUUAACCUUUGGACUAUGUUUCAAGCUGCUCAAAAACUGGGAGGAUAUGAAACAAUAACAGCCCGCCGUCAGUGGAAGCACAUUUAUGAUGAGUUAGGCGGUAAUCCUGGGAGCACCAGCGCCGCCACUUGUACUCGCAGGCACUAUGAAAGGUUAAUCCUGCCGUAUGAAAGGUUUAUUAAAGGAGAGGAAGAUAAGCCCCUGCCUCCAAUCAAACCUCGAAAACAGGAGAACAAUUCACAGGAAAACGAGAAUAAGACAAAAGUAUCAGGAGCCAAACGCAUCAAACAUGAAAUCUCUAAGAGCAAGAAAGAAAAGGAGAAUGCCCCAAAGCCCCAGGAUGCAUCAGAGGUUUCGUCAGAGCAAGAGAAGGAACAAGAGACUGUAAACCAGAAAAGCAUCACUGAGCCUCUCCCAAUAGCAGACACAAAGAAAAAAUUGGAAGGGUACCAGGAUUUUGCAGCAAGGCCCUUGGUGUCCCAAGCAGACCCAGAAAAGGACAAUGAAACAGAUCAAGGUGCCAACAGUGAGAAGGUGGCAGAGGAGACAGGAGAGAAGGGGCCUGCCCCUCCGCUGGCGAGUGCCCCUCUGGCCCCUGAAAGGGAUCCGGCCCUGAUUCCCGGGACUGGCAAACAGUCCCUUACCUCUCCCAGUGCUCUCGUGGACUCAAAAGAACCCAAGCCCUGCUGUUUUACAGAGAGCCCUGAAAAUGAGCUCCAAGAAGCAUCCUUCCCUGGCUUCACCACGCAGCCCCCACUGGCAAACCAGAGUGAGGUGGAGGAUGACAAGCUCCCUGCGAUGGCGGAUUACAUUGCCAACUGCACUGUGAAGGUGGACCAGCUGGGCAGUGAUGACAUCCACAAUGCACUCAAGCAGACCCCGAAGGUCCUUGUGGUCCAGUCAUUUGACAUGUUCAAAGACAAAGACUUGACUGGGCCCAUGAAUGAGAACCAUGGACUUAAUUACACCCCGCUGCUUUACUCAAGGGGGAACCCAGGCAUCAUGUCCCCACUGGCCAAGAAAAAACUUUUGUCCCAGGUCAGCGGAGCCAGCCUCUCCAGCAGCUACCCCUAUGGCUCCCCACCCCCUUUGAUCAGCAAAAAGAAACUGAUUGCAAGGGAUGACCGGUGCUCGAGUUUGUCCCAGGCCCAUCACGGCCAAAGCACUGACCACAUGGCAGUCAACCGGCCGUCGGUGAUCCAGCACGUCCAGAGUUUCAGAAGCAAGCCCUCGGAGGAGAGGAAGGGCAUCAGUGACAUUUUUAAGCAUGACAAACUAAGUCGAUCGGAGCCCCACCGCUGCAGUUUCUCCAAGCAUCACCUUAGCCCCUUGGCCGACUCCUAUGUCCUAAAGCAAGAAAUACAGGAGGGCAAGGAGAAACUGUUGGAGAAAAGGGCACUUCCCCACUCGCACAUGCCUAGCUUCCUGGCUGAUUUCUACUCGUCUCCUCACCUCCACAGCCUCUAUAGGCACACGGAACACCAUCUGCACAAUGAACAGACGUCCAAGCACCCCUGCAGGGACAUGUACAGGGAAACGGAAAACAGUUCUUUUCCUUCCCACAAACACCAAGAGAAGCUCCACGUGAAUUAUCUGGCGUCUCUACAUCUGCAAGACAAAAAGUCGGCUGCAGUGGAAGCCCCCACAGACGAUCAGCCAACGGAUCUGAGCCUUCCCAAGAACCCCCACAAACCCACCGGCAAGGCCCUGGGCCUGGCCCACUCAGCGCCUGGACCCCAGGAGAGCAAGGGCACCUCCCAGUUCCAGGUCAUAAAUAGCCAGAGUCGAGACUGUCACCCCAAGGCCUGUCGGGUAUCGCCUAUGACCAUGUCGGCCCCUAAAAAAUACCCUGAAUCGCUUUCCAGGUCGGGAAAGCCUCACCCUGUGAGACUGGAGAAUUUCAGGAAGAUGGACAGCAUGGUCCACCCCAUCCUCCACCGGAAAAUGAGCCCUCAGCACAUUGGCGCAGCGCGGCCCAUCAAGCGUAGCCUGGAGGAUUUGGACCUUGUAAUCGCGGGGAAAAAGGCCCGGGCCGUGUCUCCUCUGGACCCCGCCAAGGAGGUCUCUGGGAAGGAGAAGGCCUCGGAGCAGGAGAGCGAAGGAGGCAAGGCCGCACACAGUGGGCACUCUGGGGGCGCCUCGGAGAGCCACAAGCUGCCCCUCUCCUCCCCCAUCUUCCCAGGUCUGUAUUCUGGGAGCCUGUGUAGCUCGGGCCUCAACUCCAGGCUCCCGGCUGGGUACUCUCAUUCUCUGCAGUACUUGAAAAACCAGGCUAUGUUCUCUCCACUCAUGCAGCCCCUUGCUUUCCACUCGCUUGUGAUGCAAAGAGGAAUUUUUACAUCACCGACAAAUUCUCAGCAGCUAUACAGACACCUGGCUGCAGCCACGCCCGUAGGAAGUUCAUAUGGGGACCUUUUGCACAACAGCAUUUACCCUUUAGCUGCUAUAAAUCCUCAAGCUGCCUUCCCAUCUUCUCAGCUGUCAUCCGUACACCCCAGUACCAAACUGUAAGCCCGGCCCUGCCCAGCAUCCCAAAUGGCGACAUGGUUAACAGCGCUUCACUCCUGCACCUGGGGUGACGGCUUGGAGAAUUAGAAGUCAGUAUUUCUUCUAAUCUGGGGGUGAGAUCAGUCCUGGCCUAAGGGGCCCGGAGGGGAGGUGAACAUACCUGGUAUUUCUGGGAUGAUUCCGGCUUUGGCUGGUCAAUCUUGAGCCCCUUCCAACACAGAGGCCCUCGCACCCUAGAUGGGUCACUUAGCACGGGGGUCUUGUGAAGGGAUUAACGUGUAUCCAGAAGAACUUAGAGGACUCAAUCUGAGUUCUGAUGGUCAGAAAACAAUCUGGGCAAAAAAGGGUAGACAUUUCAGAGGACGGGGCAAGGAAGACUGGCAAACAUGCCAAGGGAUGCCCCCUCUUCAUAGAACUCUCCAAGGUUCAAUCAAUGCAAUGUAUAGUGAAGCUUCAAUAGAUCUUUCAUUUUGACACUAUUAAACAAUCCAGAGAAGUAAACACUGUUAAAUUGACUGUAUAUAUUUGCUUCUUAAAACUACCCAUAUCACUGUUUGCUCACCUAAUUUAUAUACAGGUAGUCCUAUUUUUCUCCCGGUUUCUUCUUGUCCUUUUUUUUUUUUUUUUUUCUGUUUUUAAUUAAACAGUAUCGCUUUUAUUUGCAGGUCUUUUAUUUUGUUUUAAAGACUGACUGUCCCAGUUGUCGAUGUGUGUUUGUAAUUUUUCCACAUCUUAUUUUGAGCAGCUUUGGGUGGUAAUGUUAUUGUUUACAAAUUGAAGCAACUGAUUCUAGUGGAACAAAUGAAAAAAGAAACAGUUGAGCACACAGCCGUGCAAAGAACGUUCCUUUGCAAAUCUGCAACUUAAGGAUUUUGUUCCUCAUAAAUGGCAUAGUUGAAAGAGCUUAUACACUGCUUACUUACCCUGCCAAAUGCUCUGCUUUGAAGUAUUGGAUUAUGUGAAAACAUCGAGCAUUGUACUUACCUUAUCUAGGCUGUGAAACUGUCCUACAUACCAGAGGAAUCAUAAAAACAAAAACCUCACUGGCAGCAAGCUGCUGAAUAACAAGAGUCUAGAGGACAUAUUUGUGGGCUGCACAGAUAUUUUAGGAAUUUCAGAAAUUAGAACAGAAGCCAAAAUGAUUUACAUUGGUGUUGGCAAAGAUCCCUUUAAACAGUCUGGGAAAGGGGGUUGGGAAGAGGAUGGAGCUUGACUAUCCAGAAGAAAGUGAGCAGCGGGAGGCCCAGGUGCCAGAUACCUGCCCUGGGCCACAGUCUUUCCAGUAAUAGGUUGUCACAUUGCCUCAUCAGGUUGGUUUCUUGCUAUUCCCAAGAAGAACCUCACAGGCCACAUCUUUGGGGGUAACUGGCAUACUGGAUUACUCAUUUCACAAGCAAGCCAUCUUCCUUGGGUUUAUGGGGUGUGAGAUUUGUAUGUAUGCACACAGAGUUUUGUGCCAUGUUUUUAACCACCUGGCAAUACAGUCCACCGAAUGAUUUUCUUUAUUGUUGGAAAGAAAUGGUUAAGCUGUUCACACAUCAAAAGAUGUAAAGAAUGUAUAUUGUCAUUCUUGCCAUUUUAUCCUAUAGGCUGACAAGAUGUAACAUCAAGGUGGAUGCCUUUUUCUAAGUGUGUUAAAAGUCUAUAGACACAGAGUGGACUUUCCUUCCAGAUCUCAAGCCCCGCUAAGACUGCUUUGAUGAACUCCCCAGCCAACACUCCCCUGCCCCAAAACGACUGGUAGACAUUAGAACCAUAGUUAUCCAAGUCUUUUACCUCUGAGAUAUUUAAUUCUAUGAAAAUUAAUGAUAAUUUUCAACUUCUAAAUAGGUAACUCGACUACAAAAUAAUCAAAACUGGUAAACAAUGAAACUGUGGCUCUUAAACCAAGCCAUGCAUGCCGUGCAUUUGUAUUGAAAUGUCUCUAUGAUACGAAGCCAAAUAUUCAAUGUAACAUACUUAAUAUCCAAAGGUGGAAACAAAAGAAUGUAGAGAUCUAGUGUUAAGAGUUCCAUUUGCUUCAAUUAAUUAUUUACCUUCCUGUGGAAUAAUAUAUACAUAUAUAUAUAUUUAAUAGAACCAUAGAUAGACUAGUAGAAUUUAGAUUAUAAAUGUGUGAAUGCAGAUUAUCCUGCUAUUGCACAAGAUAGAGUGGGGGAAAAAAAUCUCAAUUGCAGCUGGCAAAAUGCUGGCUAGAACAUAUAUAAGAAAGUUGCACUAGACUGAAUGGUCACAGAAUCAGAGGCCAUGGAAGAAGGGGGAAACUCCAGUGUUUCUGCAGCUGACAUGGACUGGAUCCUACAUGGUGUCUAUGAGCUUGUUUCUCAAAACCGGGGCAUGUGGCCCCGGUGGAGCUCACCUAUCCGUUCUGAAGAGGGGUCAUUUGUUUUCCCCACUGCAAUGAUUUCAGUCUGGUUUCAUCAUGUUGGAAUUUGAUCACACCAUUUUCAAACAAUGUUAACAUAGUCCAGCUUUUGUUUUUCUCAUCUCUUUCCGAGAGGAGACUCACUGUUUCUGUCUGAGGAAGCUCAUACCCUCGGCAAAACAUCAGGACAAGUACGGAGACAUGAGGGUAUACAUUCCCAACAGAAGCAGUGUGUUAUUUGUUUUAAAACUCUGAACAGAGAUCUUGGAAAUCUUUCAAAAAGACCAUUGAAUUCUUCAUUGGCUGAGAACUACAUUUUAAAAAGUCUUAAAUAGGGCUUUGUUUGCAUUGUUUGAGUUCAAGGGGCCUUAUUAUUGAACGGCAUUGCACAAGCGUUUCUUUGUGCAAUCAAACCAUUGUUAUUGGUAGUUCUGUAAAGGAAACUGUGGAAUCUAAUUGGCAGCGGAGUCAUAAAUCUAUUUACUAAGUGCGGCUUCCAAGAAAUGUUGCAAUUCAAAAUGCACUAAGACCCUGAUUUACUGGAGAUUUGGAGAUUCUAAAUAAUAUUUUUUAAAAACCUUUCCAUGCAACUUCUGGUUUAGCUUUUGGCAACUCAACAUUAAAGAAAAAAACAGCCCAACCAAGUUUCAGAAUUAAGUAUUCUCCUAGUAAGUGAUUGGAACUUGUAAUAUUUGCCACAGGACUGACUUAUUUAUUUACUAGCUAGAGGCGCUUAAGUUCACUUGUUUAUCAGGGCAUAUACAGAAGGGUUUGUUAAAACUCGACAUUGACUUUACAACUUUCUGACCUGGUGCAUGAAUUCUCAAGUACUGUAUUUCACUGUGUUGGUGUGUCUGAUGGAAAUUUCAAGGUGAUCCCACAAAAAUAUUUUAUGUAGUGUGCCUUCAAAGAGAACUUUUAUUUCUCUUCACUUGUUGUCCCACAAAGUCACAUUUGGUGGUGGUCAGCCAAGUCCCAUCUGGUCUAGUUUUACUCUUGUCCCAAUUUUAAAGAAAAAUGGGAACAAGUCUGCCCUGGUGAGACCCACACCAUUGCAAUGAUUAUCUUGAGCACUUAAAUUCCAGUGUUGGCUGUUGGUGUAUUUGAUAUUCUGCUUGUCUCCCCAUGGUUGAAAUAUGUCUGAAGAAUAGCAGCAUAAUCUCUUGGCUGUUUAUACUUUUUUAAACUUUCCUGUGUUGUAAAUAUUGUAUACUUUUGGUGAUUCCAGCUAUGUAACCUCUAUGCUCUGUAAGGUGAUUAUUUGUAUAUAGCAACAUGGCCCAGUGAUAUUAUAUAGUUUCCCAAUGGAGAGGUUAUUGAGUAACCUUUGCAUUAGUUUAAACACUACCAGAAAAAUGCUGAGCCAACUAUAAACACUCAAUUUUGUAUGUUUUCCAAAUUGUACUUAUUACUGCUUUUGAUACUGUAUUACGUGCCAAUAGUUUCCCAAUCACAUAGCAGGCAAGAGAUAUUUUGUACUUUUUGAUCCACUGUAAUAUUUAAUAAAAAAUGUUACUAUCUGUU